GCGGCGGCGGCAGCGGCGGCGGCGGCGGCGGCGACGACGACCGUUCCCUACCAUCCAGACCCUACUUCCCUCGCGCAGUAACACAGUAACCGUUGCGCGCGCGGCGUUUCGCUCUCACGCCUCUCACGCUCUCGGCUCUACUCCAUCACCGCGCACGGCACGCACACGUCCACUGCACCGUCCUCACGGGUACAUCCACGCGUCACGAGAAUCCGUUAAUAGCAGACCGAUCGCCAUGGCAGAGGAAUAUCUAUACGGAAUCACCCUAGAGGGACCGAAUGCAAGCGAGGUAUGGGACCCGGAGCACAAGAACGAUGAUUCGGACGGCGCGGCCCAAGACAUCGGCGCUGAUCAGAAGCUCAUUAUAAAAAUGGCUCUUCUAGGACCGGAGGCUAAACCUGGAGAGCUUAACGUCUUGCAGGUUGAAGCAAUGGGAUUAAAAGGACCUAUAAAAACUCCAAUUGCCUUGUUGGAGAUGGGAAAAACGGCGCAGAUUAUUCUCGAUCUAAGUUUCCCAGAUCCUCCAGUCACGUUCACGUUGGUUAAGGGCAGUGGACCGGUUCAUAUAGUAGGACACAAUCUUCUUGAAUGCUUCUCUAUAAUAGUAGUAGUAAUAGUAGUAGAUCCUGAAGAUGAAGACGAUGAAGAUGACGAACCUAAGAAGAAAAAUGCUAAAUUAGCAGCUGCAGCUAAAUACAAAAAUCAGGCUAACAAGAACAAGAAAAAAUAAACAUGAGCCUUAAUAUUAUGAAAAUAAAACAAACUCUUAAGUUAAGAUAUACACAUAAGUCCAUCACUAUCAUCCGCAUUUGUGCGAAUCUAGUAUCAUUUCAUCAGAUUAUCACACGACAAAACGAUUGCCUUCCACCUUUUUAAAACACAACUGGACCAACAAAAUAAGACAAUUAUAUUACGUGUAAUUUUGAAAUAAUUUCAGACGAUUUUGUUAAUUUGCAUAUGAAAAAGUUUGCUUAAAAAAUAUUUUUGUGCUUUAACUAAUCUUUUUAUGCGUCUGUCCAAAGUGAAGUUUAUUACAAUUACCUCAAUUAUAUAGACAUUUGUAUAGCAUACUUGUUGUGUGCUGUUGAAUAUUUUUACAGGAUAAUGUAUAUUUAAUAACAUAGAAUUUAACAUUAAAAAAAAAUAUGUUUAUGGCAAGAUUUUUAUAAAUGUAAUUUCUCUGUCUUCAAAAAAUGAUAUAUGUACAUUCUUAUCGUAUUGGAGUAUAUAAUUUGAGAUAAAAUUAAAUAUUUUUUCCUUUUGAUGAUACUUUGUCAUUGAAGAAAGAGAAUAUCUUGAGAACAAAUAUUAUGUUUUUUCUUUUUUACUAGACGACUUAUUGAAAUCCAUGUUAAAUAUAUAGUUUUGGUAUGAUAAAAUAGUGUAUUAAAUGAUUUCUGGCCCAGUUGUUAUUGUAAAAUUUAUGGAAAGCACGAAUGGGGAUCUACAAUGAGAUUUUGUAUUUUUUUUUUUCCGAUAUCGUGUUCAUAUCGACGUAAUUCUUUCAGAGAUGCGAAAAUAUAUUCCAUCUGUUUAAACACGAUUUUUGGAAAUAAUUCUCAUGUAAAGAAUUGCAAAGCUAAAGCUCCAAUAUAAUUUAUUUUCGUGUGUACAAGAUGGGGAGAGGAUUAUAAGUUACUCAAAAAUUUUACUUACGUCUCUAAAGAUAUCAAUAUUAAAGAAAGAAAAUAUACACGUCAUCUCAACAUUCAUUCCAUUUGAUGAAAGAUAAUAGAAAUGGGAGUUACAGGUGUACUGGGUAUAUAAAUGCUCUUGCAUCAGUGUCAUGUGCUAUUGAAGCAUACGUGAUGGCAUGUAUAAAAAAACGUACGUGCGAUUGAUACGUAGUCUGUACACCUAUUUUGUACAUAUACGAUAUACAAUAAAAAAUUUCACAACUUUUAAAAUCCGUA